CGGAAGAGGCGGUGCCGCGCCGGUAAAGAUGGCGGAUCCGGUGAAGGGGCGAUCGGUAGCCCCGGCCGGGAAAGGGCUGAGCGCUGAGCAGGUGGUUUCCCGCUUUAACCGCCUGCGGCAGGACCAGCGGGGCUUGGCCUCCAAAGCAGCCGAGCUGGAGCUGGAGCUCAACGAGCACAGCCUGGUGAUCGAGACCCUGCGGGAGGUGGAUCCCACCCGGAAGUGUUUCCGCAUGGUCGGGGGGGUGCUGGUGGAGAGGACGGUGAAGGAGGUGCUGCCCGCGCUGGAGAGCAACCGGGAGCAGAUCUCCAAGCUGAUCGAGGCGCUGGCGCAGCAGCUGCAGGCCAAGGGCCGGGAGCUCUCGGAAUUCCGGGAACGCCACAACAUCCGCCUGGUGGGCGAGGACGACCCCAAAGCCGCGGCCAGGGACGGCCCCGAGGGGAGCAAGGGGGGUCCCGGGGGGGUCCUGGUGUCCUGACCCCCCCCCCAGAAUUCCCAAAGGGAUUUGGGGUCGUUUUUUGGGGUGGGAGGGGUUGGGCAAUAAACGGGAGUUUGGGACAA